UAUCAACCAAAACUCGCGGGCCGUAAGAAUCUUUAGAACUUUCCCCCACUUUUCUAUGUGGAAAGGAAAGAGAAAAAGAUCGGGAGUAAACAAGAAUAAUAAUUAGAAUAAUAAUUAUUUAAAUAAAACUAAGAAGUAAACAAAAAUAAUAAUUAGUUACAUGCAAGAUUAAGUAUUAUUCAGUAGAGAAAUGGAUGACGAAGCUGAAACGUAUAAAUUAUGGCGAAUAAGAAAGACUGUGAUGCAGUUAUGUCAUGAUCGAGGUUAUCUCGUUACUCAGGACGAAUUGGAUCAAACUUUGGAACAAUUUAAGGAACAGUUCGGCGAUAAACCAAGCGAAAAAAGACCGGCACGCAGUGAUUUAAUUGUUUUGGUAGCUCACAAUGACGAUCCUACGGAUCAGCUCUUUGUAUUCUUUCCAGAUGAACCCAAGAUUGGAAUCAAAACAAUUAAAACGUAUUGUCAGAGAAUGCAGGAAGAGAAGAUUCACAGGGCUAUUAUUGUCGUUCAACAAGGUAUGACACCAUCCGCGAAACAGUCUUUGGUAGACAUGGCUCCGAAAUAUAUAUUGGAACAAUUCUUGGAAUCAGAGUUAUUAAUUAACAUCACAGAACAUGAAUUAGUACCUGAACACAUUGUACUUACACCGGAUGAAAAGGAAGAACUACUUACUAGGUACAAGUUGAAAGAAAAUCAGCUGAUGCGUAUACAAGCUGGUGAUCCUGUUGCUCGUUAUUUUGGCUUAAAACGUGGACAAGUUGUAAAAAUUAUCAGGCCAUCCGAAACUGCUGGAAGAUACAUCUCUUACAGACUUGUAUGUUAAAUAAACAAGUUUUAUAUGCAACAACUAUGUCAUACAUGUGUAUUGCCUUGAGAUGAAAGUACCUAUAUGUAUCAUAUAAUUUCCAUAAGUAUAAUGUAAGACCAACAGAUGUACAAAAUAUAUAAAAGCUAUUCUGUAAAUUAACGAAUUACAAACGUAUUUAUAGGUAGUAUUUAAUCGUACUGUAAUUUAUUGAAUUGUUACACAAUAAAUAGUUUUUACUUUGA